AUGGCUCGAACUUCUACGCGGUCGGCAUCGCGAGAUUUACCUUCUUCACCACCCAAUCGCGAGAGUCCUAUUGGCAGAGUCAUUCGGACAACAAGAAGCCAAAGCAUAGAUUUGGAUGCGCGAAGAUCCCGACAAGGAAGUGUUGAAAGUACGGGUAGUAAUAAUCAGCCAAGAAAUCGCAGAGUUCCCCGUGCAACAACAGCCUCCACCGCAAGAAAUUUACCUAUAGUCACAGAAGCCGAUGAGCUGUUGUCCGAGAAGGAGGACGAAGGCCAGGACGUGGAGCAGGACGAAGAAGAGGGGGAGGAUCCAGACGCUACCAAGGUCGCGGAGCCUUCAGAAUUCGACAUGCAGGGAGAUGAUCUCCGAAGUAAUCAAGCUAAUUCUCCCGCCCAUACUGCCAUAUCGGAUACAACGGUUAACACGUUGCAUACAGAACGAGUGAUGGAAUCCAUUGAUUCGAAAUCGGCUAUAGAGACCCUCUCUGACCUUUACGACACAGCUCGUCAAAUUAUCACCAAGUCUGCGAAUAAAAAUGUCCGGCCAAAGGAUACGAAACGCCAUCUCAAAUUCUUGAAUGCUCUUUGUAAUGGCUUUGAAGCACUCCGAGAACCAUACGGUACGGAAAAGUUCAUCGAGGUUAAACUCGUACUGAGAAAGCUCUUCGGUCCGCUAGAUUCUGAGGAAUAUGGGUCAAAAGUCCCCGGAGAUAGUGCUGUUCCUCUCUCUGCAAUUCUGCAUUCGGCAAAUCUUGCAACUUUGAUAAGCGAAGUGAACGAACAACGUCAAAUGGGUCAAGACUUGGAUGAUAAAGCUCGUCAGCAAAAACUGACGGUAUUCCUCCAGUCUUUAGAAAAGGCGUUCCCGGGCCCAUUUGUCUCAGAGUUUGCUGCAAAUUCCGAUUCCGGAGGUAGCAAACUAAUCAACGAGAGCUUUGAUAUGGUUUUGGAUAUACGGACUCAUCUAUUCAUAACUGUCUCACGACAAUUGGAAAUGGGGGAACCGAGUUUUGAUCCCGAUCGAGUCCUAACUACGUUAUUCCUUGAGGGUGAAGAUGAGAAUGGAAGUUUUGACGGCAUUGACUUCGAAGAGCAGCGCGAUAGAGCCGGUGAGAGGGUGGAUUUAAUUCGCAAAACAUUCAAGCCCCCAGAGAACGCUACAGGUCCCGGGGAAUAUGUCGAUUUUGACAUGUUGGAUGAUUUGUACCCCAUAUCCGAGUUUUUCAACAAUCUUAUUGGCUACGGUCAAAAGCGUUUGGCCGAAGUCGAGAACAAUGUAGAAACUCGGGGUGGUAUCGAGAACGUAAUCGAGUCGCUCCAGGAACUUGUUAAAGAUAUUGAAUCUGACCCCGAACCCGACAUUGAAGUACAAUUCAACGCACCAAAGCGAGUUAUGGAGCAAGACAGUAAUCCAUCAUUGAAGAUGAUGAUGCCCCCGCCGCCACCACCAAAAACACAGAAGAGUCAUCAUCUUGACCCGCGCGCUUUAAGGAGGCUUCUAGACCUCAAAAAUAAAGCAGGAAGUCAGCAAUUGGGCGAUAGAGAAGGUUCCUCUAGACCUAAUCCUAGCGCGAAUGCUAGAUCUAGCCUUACAGGUCCAUUACGAUCACGACCAGAAGUGCAACAGCAGGACUCUGCAAUCACAUCCGCUUUCAAGGCAUUUAGUAAGUCCCAAAAUAAAGAGAAUCGACUUCCUGAUCAACACCAAGAAUCUCGAGCUCAUCCGUCGACAACUGCAAGGCGAGGAAUGUAUGGGAGGCACCCCGAUGCCGAAAGGGUGCAGUGGACUGAGGACAGCCAAGGUCUCCCAGAACUCCCUCAGCCAAAAAAUAAGAAGCGCAAAACCCCUCUUCCGCCAGAUGUUCAGACGGACGAGGAGGAAUUUAGCUCCGAUCCAGGCUUUCAAAACGAUCAGAGAAACAUGGAUCCUCCCCGAAAAACCGCUGCACUUAAAUCUUCGGUCCGCCCGAAUAAACGAGUGCGUACCGAAGCAGGUGAGAGUUCUCGAGUACAAAACUCACAUAAUGGUGAUAGACCUCGAGAAGUCUUCUCACCAAUCGGUCCCAUUGAAGAUGGUGAUGAUGAUGAUGAUGAUGAUGAUGAUAUACAAAGUCAAUUCGCCUCUGAACGACAAAGCCAACAGAUAAGAGAGCGAUCGCAAUUACAACAAGGCCCACGCAUAUCACCACGUCCGUUAAGAAGAAGUCCGAGGAUAGACCUAGACGAUGACGAAGACAGCCUAGAAUUGCCCGACGAUGACGAACUACGCCCCGCACCGUUUUCACAAAUACAGGGAACCGCUCGUACCAAUGCCAGAACACAAGCAACCAAAGUCGGCGUCAACAGACCACAAACUCGCGAAGUAUGGUCUGAUGCCGAUACCGAUCGUCUCAUAAGACGCAUCGCUAAAUACGGGUCUAAUUGGGCAGAGAUCGAAAGACGUGGUGGAUUCGAUCGGGACAAUUUGUCACAGGUGAAUUUGAAAGACAGGGCAAGAAAUAUGAAAACGAACAUGUUGCUAGCUGGAGAAUUGCUUCCAAAACAUUUCGAGAACGUUAAAUUAAAUGCUAAAUUAAUCGCAAGAGUGAAGACCACGUGGCCGGAGUAUAAUCCAAUUACGGACACUGGAGCUUACCUUCGAAUGGGUAUUAGGAUAUUGUUGGCAUGCUGGGCAGAGGAAGCGCAUCUAGUCCACGAAAUGGUCAAACAAGAUGGGCUGGAAUGGGUAGGGGAGAUGUUUGGCCUUGAACCCCGAUGGACAACGGAACCCGAUAUCGUCAAGAUCGAAUUAAUCGCACGCAAACAUCUCAAAUUCGAUGUUAAUUCUCUCUGUCGAGUUACGUUUUAUGCAGAAGGAGCCUUUAAUAAGCUUUACAAACUCAAGACUGCGGAUGCGGAUGCAUGUUUCUUGAUUCGCGUCACGUUGCCUGUCGACCCUUUUAACAAGACGAAUAGUGAAGUUGCUACUAUCAACUUCAUUCGCCAAAAUACAGAUAUACCGGUAUCACGGAUUCUGGCAUUUGAUGAUUCUAGUGAGAAUGAGCUCGGAUCUCGAAGCGGGGCCAGGAACCCGCCUCCUAGUACGAGUAUUGCAUCGGAUGAUAAUGAUAUCGCGGGGGAGGCAUUGCAAGGAUCGAUACCUGCAUUGCCAGUUCUGGGUCAAAUGGUCUCAUUGGUAUUCUUCUGGGGAGAUCACAUUGCACAAGAUAUUCCCCGAGGCCCGUUUGCUCACAGCUCAGACUGGAUUCUCGCACGUCUCAACUUGGUUCUUACAGAUCAGGAAAAGAUUCUGAACACGUCGAAGGAUGAAGAUGAUAUUGAAGAUGCUCAAAAUUCUAAAACGCUUGCCGAAAGACUGCUCAAACUACUCCCCAGUAUACUUCCUGCCAAUCAAGAUAUCCUAGAACAAUCCGUGCUCUUCCACGACGACUUAUCCAUGCAGAAUAUCCUAGUCGAUGACGAUGGAAAUAUCACCGGUAUCAUCGACUGGGAAUGUGUCUCCGCCCUCCCCCUUUGGCGCUCCUGUUCCCUCCCGGAACUCUUCCGUUCCCGAGAACGCACCCAAAAGCCAGAACGCGAUCAGUAUGCCCCGGACUCCCCAUCCUCAUCCCCCAUCGACAGCGAUCUCGACAGUGAUUUCGACAACGAGGGCAUAAACAGUCUCUAUUGGGAGUACCUCCUCGAAUACGAACUCACGCAACUGCGCUCGCUGUUCCUGCACGAAAUGCAUGUUGUGGCUCCAGAAUGGACCCAGGAAUAUAUGAAUGCGGUUGAGAAUGGGAAGGUGGAUUUCGAACUCGCGGUUCAGCAUUGUGAUAAUAGUUGGCGCACGUAUAAGAUACGAGCGUGGCUUGAUGCGCGCGAGAAGGGGGAGUACUGGAGUUUGAGGGGGAAGUUUUUGGAGUAG